AUGAUUCACAUUUCUAUUCCGACAUUCCAAACAUUUGUAGAGAAAUAUGACUCCCACAAGAAAUAUAACGUAAACAUUUCUAAUUUUGAUUAGUCUGCUUUUAGGUGUACGAUUUAUACGUAAAUGGGUCGUAUCAUGCCAGUGUACGUUAUAGUACACUCUAUUCAUUACACGAGAAAUUGUUGGAGACAUUUGGGUUACGAUUAGGCACUGCCGAGUUUCCUCCAAAAAAGAUUUGGAGAAAUUUGGACGCAGAGGGUGCUAUCAAAAGGAAGGAUGGACUAGUAAAAUACUUUAAAACAGGUUCGAAAUAUCACAACAGUUUAUACUUCUGAGUUUAGUGCUUCAGAAUCAAGACAUUGCAAGACAUCCUUUGUUUGAAAGACAUUUUCUGGAGUUUCAAGUGGUUCGUGUUAAAGCAGCUUAGUCUAGAUUGUCAUAAAAAUUCCAGAGUUCGUUUAUGCCUGCUGUAAGUGGAGUUAAAUUAGAACUAUUCCUACCAGAUGGUACGGUUAUUCACAUCGAUUGUCGUUCUGACGAUUCAACCGACAUUGUGUUAAGAGUGAGUUUACGCUACUUACUCUACAGAAUUUUCACAGAAAGCGGGGAAUUUUCUAGGAAUAUCUGCCUCCUCUAUUAACAGCUUCGGAAUAUUCUUAGCCAGACCAAGGUUGAAUGGAGAGCAGAAGAGGUCGGAUGAGGGCUUUGAUCCAAUCUGUAAGUAAUCGUAGUAAUACUUGACGAAAUAAGGUGUUCGCUGGCUACGGAAUUUUGAGUCACCGUUUAUCUCUCAGCAGGUGGCCAACAGGAAUAUUGAUGAUGGAGCAGUGCAUUACGAAUUGGGAUUGAGGAGGGCUAUUUGGGAUCCAUCUUUGGAAGAGUCCCUUUUAGAUGACCAAGGGGCUCUGAAGUUACUUUUCUUACAGGCAAGAAAUGAUAUUGACAGAGGUCUGAUCCGAUUGAAUUCAUCUACAAGAGCACGCUUGGCAUCUUUAGAAGAGCAAGAGUUGUAUAGACAGGUAGGAGAGCUAUAAAUUAACAUGGGCUUAGUAUAUGCACCUUUGCCAUCAACAAGUUGAUUAUGGUUACGAGUACUUACCGUCGAUUAGCAUGGAUUAUCCAUGGCCAGGCAACGUUUGUUCAUUGAAGAUUGGUAGACAUCAGCUUGUUAUAGAAUAUGAAGACAAAGUAACCAACCAAUUUAUAUGUAAUGGUGUUCAGGGGCAACUAUGUGAACAUGUGAUCCGCUCCACAAGGAUCAGAGUGUGGAAAGUGAGUCAGAAUGACGAGACCAAGGACAUGACAUUCCAAGUGGAAUAUCUUAUAGACAGGGAUAACUUCAAGGAAAUAACGAUGCACACUAACAAAUCAGUGCUCCUGGCGUUAUUCCUACAAUCCAUAGCAAACGAGAUCUUAAGGGAGAAUAAUGGGAGGAUUGUAAGUUUACGUAAUGGAUCCAAAACAUUUCUAGACCCCCAUCUUCCGCUUUGAUGACGAGGUUCAGACGCGGGUUAUCGAGAGUUUAGAAUCCUCUAAAGCCGAUUCGGUGAUAGGCGAUGACCUGUUAGAGGACACCACAUACACAGACACAAUGGCUGUUGAUAUCACCGCACUCUUCAAAGUAAUCUCGGUAAGUGCUAUGGGGUUUAAUAAACUUAUUAUCUAGCAUCAAAUGCCAUUCGAAAACGAAAGUUUUGAGCACAUUACAAAUGCCGAGUUGUAA